GAUCCGGUCGUCGGGGUGCCUCCCCGGUAGGAGUGUGGUGCUUCUGCCCUGUAAGCCUGCACCAGAACCGCGCCCCGUGGCCUCGGGGAUUGGCAUCGGUGGGUCGCCUCCUCGUGCAGGAAGCGGUGCCAGGAUUGAGGGGUCCACCCAUGAGGUUUUCGAACGGCUCGUGCUCGCUCGUUGGUGGCUGCCCGUCCGCUCCUCACCCUCCUCCCCCGCACCGCUUUGGGGCUUCCUGCAGGUGGAUCGGAUGAUGAACGCUACGGCGUCUGGUCUGUCUGGCGCCAAACGCCUGGACUGGAAGGCCGCGUCCGCCGUGCCCAGGUCAGGACAGGCCCACUGGUGGAGCUGGUCAGAUGGAGAAAGACCCAUCGUCCUGAAACCAGAUGACAACUCGCACGCCUCCGAUAAGUCUCCAGUUAUCCCCGUCGAUGAGAGGGUGGCGGUCUUCGCUCGGGACCUUACGGCCCCUACGUUCGCAAUGUUCGUGUUGUGCGUCAUGGUUGCCACGUGGGCGAGCUCCAAUCGAUGUUUGCAGUUCUUCCCGGAGAGCGGGACACUGAUCCUUGUGGCGACGAUUGCGGGAGUGGUCGGACGUUAUGUGGGGACCUAUAGAGAUUCUCUAGACGAUUACUCGACCGACUUCGCGGUUGCGUACGCCCUGAAUUUGGGGCUCAUGCCGAUUAUCAUGUUUAAUUGUGGGUGGCAGGUGGACAGGGCGCAUUUCAUGUCGGAGUUCGAGCACAUUCUCAACUUCGCAGUGAUCGGCACAAUCCUGAACACCAUGCUGAUCGCCUCAGGGAGCUGGCUGGCGGGAUAUUACGGCCUUCACGCCAUCACAUCCGUGCGCGCCAACCUCGCGUUCGCUUGCCUGAUCUCGUCGCCCCUGCUGUACACCAUGGUCUUCGGGGAGGCCGCCAUCAACGACGCCGUGGCCAUCACCCUCUUCACCCUUGUCAACUCGAGCGGCAGCACCAGCAUAGGCGAGGAGAUCGCCAUCUGCCUCUUCGGGUCCAUCCUCUGCGGGGCCGCGCUCGCGUGCCUGGUCGUGUCCCUGAUGGGGUACUGCCGCAUGCAUGGCCGGUCCAGGCUACUGACGCUGGCCACUCUCGGCAGCGCGUGGCUGAUCUUCGCCAUGGCGGAGUCCAUGGAUCUGUCCGGCAUCAUUGCGAACCUGUUCGCGGGCAUCGUCUUCAGGUCGUCCCGAUGA